AUUUGGCGUGGGGGGUCACCUUCUGUUUCCUAAAAAUUAAAUUUACUGUUUCAAAUGAAAUAUGUAACGAAUUUCGGGAGAGUAACAAACAUUGAUAUCUCAAUGGAAAUGGCGGUGUACCUGAAUCUUCAUUUCUUUAAUCUCGGGGAAACCCCCUCCUAUUUUCCUUUCUGAUCUUCCUUCUCAAUCAUCCGUCUAUACUCAGACAUAUAUUACACACUUUUCCCGUUCGGUUCUCGAGAGAUUUUCAUUUCCCUAAAUCUGGCUGUUCGCCGGUCGUUUUUUAUGUUUGAAUGAGCAGCGGUUACCGAUUUUGCUGCUAUUUGUAUUUGACUGUCUUUGAUUGUUAGUAGUAGUAAUUUCUGUGUACUACAAGUAGUGGUUCAUCGUCCGAAUUCAAAUUAGAAAUAGGUUUGAAAAUUGAAAAGGCGUCUUGUUAGGCUUGUGUAAUACUCAAAGCUUUGAUGAAGCUUUGAGGCAAAUGUUCGCUAAAUAUGCCAAGCAUUAGAGCUCCAGCUACAAGGAAAGCCACUACCCUUACGGUAGCGGUGAAAUGUAGGCCACUGACGGAGAGAGAAGGAGGUCGUGAUAUAGUUAGAGUAAACAAUGAUAAGGAGGUUGUUGUAUUGGAUCCUGACCUGUCAAAGGAUUACUUAGAUCGCAUACAGAACCGUAGCAAAGAACGAAGAUAUGCUUUUGAUUACGCAUUUGGACCUAAAUCCACAAAUUUGGGCGUCUAUGAGAGAAGUAUUCAGUCUACAAUUGCUGGGGUCAUUCAAGGCCUGAAUGCAACUGUCUUUGCUUAUGGUUCAACAGGCAGCGGAAAAACAUAUACAAUGGCUGGAACUAAAGACGACCCUGGACUUAUGGUUCUGAGUCUUAACACGAUAUUCGAUCUUAUCAAGAAUGACAAAAGUUCUGACGUGUUUCAAGUUACUUGCUCCUACCUUGAAGUCUACAAUGAGGUAAUAUAUGACUUACUUGAGAAGUCAUCAGGUCACUUGGAGCUCAGAGAGGACCCAGAGCAAGGAAUUGUGGUUGCUGGCCUUAGAUGUAUCAAGGUUAAUUCAGCUGAUAAAAUCCUUGAGCUCUUAACUUUGGGGAACAGCAGGCGAAAAACAGAUAGCACAGAGGUCAAUGAAACUUCAUCACGCUCUCAUGCAGUGUUGGAGAUUACUGUGACUAGGAAACAGCGAGACAAAUAUUCUAAUCAGGUUAUAAGAGGAAAACUGGCACUUGUGGAUCUUGCUGGAAGUGAACGAGCUUCUGAAACAAAUAGUGGAGGUCAAAAGUUGAGAGAUGGCGCUAACAUUAAUCGAUCUCUUCUUGCUUUGGCAAACUGCAUAAAUGCUCUGGGGAAACAACAGAAGAAGGGUCUGGCUUAUGUUCCUUACCGCAAUAGUAAAUUGACACGGAUUCUGAAAGAUGGUCUGAGUGGUAAUUCUCAAACAAUAAUGAUCGCUACCAUAUCACCAGCUGUCAGUCAGUAUCACCAUACUGUGAAUACCUUAAAGUAUGCUGACAGAGCAAAGGAAAUUAAGACACACAUUCAGAAAAAUAUUGGCACAAUCAAUACUCAUGUUUCAGACUACCAACGGAUGAUCGAUAGCCUUCAAAAUGAGGUCAGCCAUUUGAGGAAGGAAUUAGCUGACAAAGAAACACAACUAAGUGCCAAGCCUACUGAAAAAGCCUCAGACGACGAGCUUUCUUGGUUGGACACAUUGAGCCAUGAAACCAGUGAAAAUGUUCAGGAGAGGAUAAAUUUACAGAAGGCUUUGUUUGAGAUAGAGGAGAUGAACAUUAGCAACCGUAAUGAACUCCAAAAUCUUGAUGAUGCAAUUGCGAAACAACAGGCUAUUGAAAAGGAUGGGGCAGUUGUCCGGGCUCUUAGAUCAAGGCGCCAAGUCAUUCUUGAUAAUAUUCGUGACAAUGAUGAGCUCAGUAACAAUUAUCUGAAGGAAAUUGAAGCAAAUGAGAAGCGAAGGUGUGAACUCCAAGCUAUGAUUGAUGAAGCCAUUAGCAGCAAUGGAAACAAGACUUACUUGAGAGUUCUGAGUCAAUAUAGGCUACUGGGAAUUGCUAAUACUGAACUUCAGUUUGAAAUAGCGAUGAGAGAUCAAAUAAUCCACAAUCAAAGGGAAGCACAAAAGAAUCUGUGGAAUUUGCUCCUAAGUUUAGGCCUUGAUGAAAAGCAGAUAACAGAUCUUGCCCUUAAACAAGGAAUAACUAUUGAAGACUGGACAAUGACUGCCCAAAUUCAAUUAUCUGAUAGAAGACAGUCACCAAACACAGGAGAUGGAACAUGUACUACCUUAUCUUCUUCUCCCCCAAGUUUUCAACUUGGUGCCAGCUUGCCACUUGAUCAAUACUUCUGUCCUAGGCCAACUUCCCUGGGAAAUCAGAGACUACCACAUAUCCAUUGCAGGGACGAAGAUCACAGUUCUAAUUAUUUGUAUGACUACUCUCCAUCAGAAAAUACAGAGCUAAACGAAGAUGAAAGUUUGUUUAGAGAUGGGAUUUCUUCACUUAAUGGAGUUCCUGAUAGGCAUCAACUUGAAUUUUGCAGUUCAUAUCCGCCAACAUUAAACCAAUUUUCUUCAUGCAGUGAAAGUAGCAUGUCAAUGACACCUUCCCAUGUGAACCUCAGGAAGCAGCAGCAGCAACAGGAUAUCCGAUCAAGCUCUAUGAGGCAGCAAAUACACCCAAGCUACCAUGCUAAAAUCAGUAGCAAUGAUUACCUUCACCAUGGAAGGACGAUGGUUCGCAGGGUAUCAAGCGGAGGUCGGUUUCACAGUAGCUCCUUAACCCAGAACUUUGCCUCGCUCAACUCUAAUCAUGUAUUCCCAAAAUUUGGGCAAUUUAACCUGCAAGAUGUGCAGGUUCUUCCUUCCUAUGAUACAACCAAGCAAGUUUCAUUUAGUUCCAAUAGCCUCGAAGCUCAGCCACCAAGAUUUGUUUAAACCUUCUAUUCUUUCAUUUGAUUCCUUUUUCAGUUUGUCCCUCCAAUUGUACAUAUUAUAGGUAGUGUUAAAGAUUUUAUAGCCAUUUAGUGGAUCCAGUAGUUGGCAUAGAUAUUCAAUUCAUUCGACUCUUUGUAAGGAAGUAAACAAUGUAGUUCCUGAUAGAGAAAAAGAAAAGAAGAAAAGUAAAGAAUGUAGUUCUGGUGCUGCUGUGCAUACUGCAAUAGUGUAAAAUAUUUGGAAGUUGCUGGCACUUGAUGAAACAGUUCAAUGUCGCUGAGUUCCAAUUUUCUGCAAGGCUCUUGGAGAAUUCCUGAUGACUUGGUAAACAGUUGCUGGUUUUGAGUUCUGCUCUUGGAGAAUUCCUGAUGACUUGAAAGGUCCUGCUUAGCAGAUGAUAGCCUGAAGAACAGCUUUUAUUCACCAAAGUUUAAGGUGUCGUCUAAUAGUUAAAUCACUAGUGUCCGUCGUUAAAAUUCUAGUUUGUUAGCUUACUUGUACUAUUGUGGUACUUCCAUGCUGAUGCGGGUUCCAAUUCCCCUUUUAACUCUAAUCCUACUAUUGUCAUAACAAAGAAAAAAUAUGCGUUUUUCACUCUAGAAACACAAGUAUUUUCUUUUUAGACGAAGAUGACGUGCACACGGAUGCUGGUCACCUAGUGGGAUCCCCGGAAACGUAGUCCAAGGUUCAAAUAAGUACAUGCGCCGGGGCGUGAGAGAGAAGGAGGUGGGGUGUCAUAUUACCAAAACUCAAAAGUAAGGUGUUUCAAAAAGAAUCAGAUAGCACCUUUUUAAAUAUAUGCAGGAGUGUAUACGAUCGAAAUCAGGUACGCCCAAUUUUCCGGGCUUGAAUGGUCGCCUAAAGCCCGAGUUUAGGUAAGAUCGAGUUCGAGCUCGAUGGACCAAACUCGAGCUCGAAGACAGAGUGCAAGACCCGAGGAUCAAAGUGCGCAAUGAGUAUCGAAGCCGAGUAUGCUAUCCUCGAGAUAAUGCUGUUACGGAUUUGUAACAAAAUGAGCAAGAUUCCUUCCACGUCCCCAAGAUCAUGGUGUAAAUCCCGGAAUAUAUUUGUUCGAAUCCGUACUAGGGGGUUAGACAGCUGUCCCAAUAAGAUUCUUUACUGUAAAUAGAAAUGCACCUUAUUUAGGGUUCCCCUAUUAUAUAAAAGGGCCUCCAAUCAUUUGUAAACAUCAUCAAUCAUUGGCAAAGAACAUACUCUCUUAUUUUCU